AGUUUGAAUAUCUAAAUUUAAAUGAAAUAUCCGGACAAACUUAAGGGGCUAGUUAUAUAUGAAGCCUUCAAUAAACUAUAAAAAUACUUCCUCAUUAGUUUUACUCAUAUUUCUUAUUAAAAAUAGUUAUUUUAAUUUACUACUUUAAUUUAUGAAAUUAAAUAAAUUUAUCAUAUUCUUCUAAUAAUAUCUCGAUCAUUAAAUAAUCAUACAAAUACUCAAAAUUAUAUAUCUUUCAAUGCAUAACUAAUAUAAACUUAAUUUAAUAAUAUAAAUUCCUAAAAAAAAUUUCGUAAGUAAAAUAGAUCCACGAAAAUAUUAUAAUAAACAUAAAUUUACAUGCGAAGCCCAAUUCGUACAGAUCCGCCGCCCUAACUCGUCGGAGCAGAGCCGCCACUAUUUUCCGUUGUUGGUGUGGCAAAACCCUCACUAUUAGGACUCUGCAAGUGUUCAGAAUGGAGGGUAGCAGCAAGAGCAAUGCAUCGGUUCAGCAGCUGACGGCAGAGGCAGCUGCACAGUUACAGGAAGGCAUCGGCAUGGUGUUAGCUAGAUGGACUGCUUUACAGAUGGCUAUUGAGAACGAGUGGGGUGGCCGAGGCACUCGUGAAAAAUCCAAUCAACUCAAUAUCGACAUUUUUUUCGCGUUUUCACAAUCCAAAGAACAAGUAUACAUGGAUGACAUAGAAGAAAUUCUAGAUGAGUUCAUGAUAUCUCUAAAUACUGAAGUCAAUGAUGGCAGCCUUGAAGAGGUAGCAGAAAAAUUGAUGUAUAUGCAUGAAGAGUGUCUGGAUGGGAAUUUCAAUUCAAUCAAAAUGCUAAGAGAAACAAAUGUUGGGAGGAAACCUGCUACUUAUGUCAGACAAGAUGCUAGUGAUGACGAUGACAGUAGUAAUGAGGGCGAUGACAGAGACGAGAACUUGCCGAACAAUUCAUCUGAUAUGGCAAUUGAUUCUAUGGAAACUCAGUCAAGUUUGGGCCAGGAUAUGAUGGUUGAACCGGCGAUAAAGAAGCCAGCUGAAGUGGACGAUGAUGGGUGGACGACAGUUGCUACGAGGCGUAACAAAGGUAGAAGGAAUUGAAGCACUAGGCUACAGGCCCAUGGGGUAAAAAGAAAGGAACUAAAUCCGACUGCAGUCAUCUUCAAAAGUUUUGCUCCCUUACCUUAAAAGUAGAGGAAUCUUGGAAUAUUAGUGAAUAGUAUCCUCAUAGUCGUUAUUAUGGUGAUUGUAGUUUGGCUUUGCUUCCUUGUUCAUCGAGAUGAAUUCUCUAACAAUUACCUUCAAAGACAUUACUAUUUGCUAGUGUAACAAUUGCAUUUUUGUAGUUGAGUGUUAAUGGGGCUUCAUUGAUGUUGCUUUAAUGCCAUUGGUAUUCCAACUGUUUAAUGACCCAAAGAACAGAAAAAUUCGCCUUCAAGGCAACCAGGUCGUUUGACCUUCA